CAACAACCGAACUAACGAAACACUUAAAAUUCCCAGCUCGGUCUCGGUCCGUGAAGUGGAUGAAAAGUUGGUCAACAAGCCGCCAGUAGGAGUUUUCAGACGGGGACGACUUCUUCACUUUGUACCGCGGAUUAGCUCUUCGUCGUUAUACAACUCGGUACAGAUUGUGUGAAACCUGUUCCUACUGUGUUCUACUGGGGGUGUGUGUCCGUGGUCGGUGUGUUUGUGUUUGUAUGGGCUGCCGGAGUUUGAAUGUGAGCGCAGACUGUGACGAGCACACUUCCAUGUGGGGAGAUUAUCACCGCGUCUAACAAAAGACCCGCUCGCCUCCUCGCUGCUUCUGCUCGGUGGCUUCUCCGUUACUUUCGUUUCAGCACUCCGGUUUUAAUCUCACGGUUGACUUUGGUUUGUGUUGACAGAGUGUGUGUCUGACAUUCGGUCCUUGUGACCCACUUUCCCCCAUUUUCUUUCCAAAGUGCGGCCGGUGGAAGCGGAGCUGAGAGAUGCCGCUUCUCCACAGAAAAGCCUUCAUCCGACAGAAACCUCCGGCGGACCUGCGACCGGACGAGGAAGUCUUCCUCUGUAAAAUCACUCACGAAAUCUUCAGGACCUACGAUGAGUUCUUUGAGAGGACCAUCCUGUGUAACAGCCUGGUGUGGAGUUGUGCUCUGACAGGGCGAGUGGGCCUGACGUACCUGGAGGCAGUGGAGAGCGAGCGGCGGGCGAAGCAAAGUCUUCAGAGUUUCCCUCAGUGUCUGCUGGUACCCCUUCUGCACCUGGCUGCUCUGAGCCGACGCUGCAGACUGUCGGAGCUCUGUGAAGACGUCUACACCUUUGUCAAAGACCGAUUCUUCCCUGGAGAGGUGGUGGAUGUUGCAGGACGCAACGGAGCAAGACAUGUUUGUGAGAUCCUGCAGGUUCACUCGCCUCAUUACAGUGCUAAUGGAGCACUGGUCACCAAUAGCCACAGCAAGCCGGCCGACGGCGACAUCAUCGUCAUCAGUGACAGCGACGACGAGAGCAGCGCCUUCCAGAGUCCUGUAGCACAGUUCAACAGCAGGAAGAAGAACAAGCCUCUGAGUCCAUCAGUGUUUAAAUACACACUGAGGAUGUUGAAGGACAAGCACGUCGAGCCAUUCACAGUCAGAGCCAAUCAGAUCAGUCGCAGGAAGACGAUUCUGUCCAGAGAGAGACUGAAGCUGCUCUUCAAACAACACUGUGAACCUCACAACGGGACUAUCACACUCAAGCCCUCCACAGUGACAAAGUACCAGCUCUCUGAAAAGACUUUCUCUCAGUUCUUCCCUGAUGAGCCCCCCCUGUUCCCCUUCAGCCCCCCCUUGAAAGGCGGAGGGCGUGGCUCACCUGGCCAGGCGAGUUCGCUGUUGCUGAAGGCGGCUGAGGAGAAGCUGAAGCUGCUGCAGCAGAGGGAGGAUAUGGCGGCUGCAGCUCAGGACAAAGCUCGACUGAAGAAGGAGAAGGAGGCUGUGCAGGAGGCCAAGCGAAGGGAGAAGGAGGACAAGGAGAAGAUGAAGGAGCAGCAGAGGAGGAGGUUUGAGGAGGAGAAGCAAAGAAGGAGGGAUGAGAAGGAGCGCAGGAAGCUGGAGAAAGAGAGGGAACGAGAGAAGCUGAAGGAGGAGAAGAAGAAAUACGCUGAACACCUGAAACGGUGGAACAAACCCAGAGAGGACAUGGAGUGUGAAGACCUGAAGGAGCUGCCCAGUCCGGUUCCAGUGAGAACCCGUCUUCCUGCGGAACUCUUUGGAGAAGCUCUCAUGGUGCUGGAGUUCCUGCGAGCCUUCGGGGAGGUCUUCGACCUGAAGGAUGAGUUCCCUGAUGGAAUCUCACUGGCAGAGGUUCUGGAGGAGGCACUGGUGGGUUCAGAUCCUGAAGGCCCUCUGUGCGAGCUGCUGUUCUUCUUCCUGUCGGCCAUCUUUCAGGCCCUGGCUGAGGAGCAGGAGGAGGUGGCUAAAUACCAGGCUGAAGAUAGCGAUACAAGCCCACUGUCGGAGGCUCUGGACGAUGACUCUAACCCGACUCAUUCGGCACUGAGCGCUGUUGCCUCAUUGGCUGCAGCAUGGCCUCAGCUGCACCAGGGCUGCAGUCUCAAGCAGUUGGACCUGGACAGCUGUACGCUGUCUGAAAUACUGCGGCUGCACAUCCUGGCCGCCGGCGCCGACUGUAACCACGGCAACGCCAAGCUCCGCUACCAGAAGCAGGGUGGAUUCACGCUGAUGGACGACCCCUGUGUGGAGCUGCGAUUGGCCGAGCCAAUGUUGCUGAAGAGACUGUCGUGCACGGCAGUGUAUGACCUGACACCAGGGGAGAAGCUGAGAAUCCUGCAGGCUCUGGUGGGGAAGCUGCUGACAUCGGCGUCCAGCAGAGAUGUGAUUGAAGACUGUGUGGAGGAUCAGAAAGCUGCCAGGCAGGAACUGAGAGAGAUCAGAGCUGAACAGCACCGCAGAGAGCGAGAGGAGGCUGCACACAGGGUUCGGCUUCGUAAGGAGGAGAAGCUGAGGGAGCAGGAGCAGCGGCUGAGGGAGAAGGAGGUGAAGCUGAAGGAGCAGGAGGUGAAGUGGAGACUCCAGGCAGACAGAAACCCUGAAGCAGAACAGCAGCCUGAGGAUGAGGAGGAGCAAAACUCUUCAUCCAACGUGAAGAUGAUAAAAGGUACAAUGGACCAGAAAGACAAACAGCAGCAAGAGAUGACCUCUGACCCCAAACCCUUGUCCUGCCCCCCAACCAGCCUGACUGCAGAGGAGCUGGAGAAGGAGCAGGAGAAGGUUCGAGAGCUGCAGGAACGGAUCCAGAAGGCGGCGGCCUGCACCUGCCUCCUGCCUCUGGGCAGAGAUCGUCUGUACCGCCGCUGCUUUGGGUUGAUGGAAGACAUGCUGCGGCCAUGCCCAAAACCUUCACAGGAUGCCACAUCCAAGAUGGUGGACGAAGAGGACGUUAAGGAGGAGCCAGCUGAGGGAAGUGCUGGGUCAAGCCCCGCCCCCAUGCACACCUGUGGGCCGCCAAUCAACCGUCCCAACCAGUGGUUCUUCUACAGCUCAGUGGAGGAGGUGGAUCAACUGAUAGAGGCUCUGAACCCUCGAGGUCACAGAGAGAGCAGCCUGAAGGAGGCGCUGCUGCAGGAGAGAGACAGGCUGCAACAGGUGCUGCAGAAUUGUGACAGGAACAAGUACAGGCACGCAGAUAAUCCAGAGUCGCCCCGAUCCUUCCCAGAAUGCACUGCUACGGCUGAGACUGUGAUGGAAGUGAGACUGAGAGACCUGCUGCUGGACAUCGAGGAUCGAAUCCACCAGGGAACUCUGGGAUCUAUGAAGGUGAUGGACAGACAGGUGUGGCGCUCAGCAUUGGAAGCAGGAAACUACGAACUGCUCUCCUCAGACAGAGAGAACGGACUGGAGGCCAUAGAGAUGGACUCCGCCCACCUGAGAACCAGAGACAGGCUGCAGGAGCUGAGGUCUGAUGGCGUAGCAGCUUGUGGGACCAGCGGCUCUGGGACUCCACAGGUGGUCAGCAGCUCGGUACGAGUCCUGGCUCAGGCUCUCGCUCACAUUGAACAAGGCAUCGAGAGACGCUUCCUCAAAGCGCCACUGGGUGACGAAGACACAAAGAAAGACCAGAAGAUGAAGAAGAGCAAGAAGAAGGAUGAGGACCAGGCCAGUGAUGAUGGCAGUGACAGUGGUCGAGUCAUGAAGACGGUAUUGGAGCGAUGGAGGGAGUCUCUGCAGUCCUGCUCCAGCCUGUCUCAGGUGUUUGUCCACCUGUCCAGUCUGGAGCGCAGCGUCCUCUGGUCUCGCUCUGUCCUCAAUGCACGCUGUCGCAUCUGUAGACGCAAAGGAGAUGCCGACAACAUGCUGCUGUGCGACGGCUGUGACAGAGGACAUCACACCCACUGUCUGAGGCCUCGCCUUAAGUUGGUCCCGGAGGGCGACUGGUUCUGUCCAGACUGUCGACCCAAACAGAGAUCCAGCCGCCUUCCAUCUCGUCAGCGUUCUUCUGUUGAUGAAGAGGAGGAUGAGGACGGUGAGGAGGAGGAGGAAGAGCAGGAGGAAGAAUCUGAGGAGGAAGAGGAGGAGUCAGAAGAAGAGGAGGAAGAGGAGGAGGAGGAAGCAGUAGUGAGCACCAAGAAGAGCCAGGCCCCGCCCCCCAAAGGCAAGAACCUACAGACCACGCCCAGAAAAACCUCCUCAGUCUCCAGGUCCUCAGGCAAAAAGGCCACACCCCCCACAUCAAAGGCCAACUUGGCGUCUGGCGGUAAACCUCCACCGCGCUCCGGGAGUCGGAGCAGCACCCGCUUAAGCAAUGAAAUCCUGGCAACAAACGGCAACACCAAGACCUCACCUGGUCAGAGCGAGUCCCGCAAGAGACUACCCACAGAUGCCGCUCUCCUUCCUAAACCCGCCAGACCUGUCCUCCCACCUUCCACCUCAUCUUCAUCCAGUCGCCGCUCCUCUGGGAGGAACCACGGCGUCCAUGAGCUGUCGGCGUGUGAGCAGCUGACGGUGGAGCUGGUCAGACAUGAAGACAGCUGGCCCUUCAUGAAGCUGGUGUCUAGGACUCAGGUACCUGACUACUAUGACAUCAUCAAGAAGCCCAUAGCUCUCAGCACCAUCAGGGAGAAGGUGAACAACUGUGAAUAUCAGACAGCAGGCGAGUUCAUCUCAGACGUGGAGUUGAUGUUCUCCAACUGUAUCCAGUACAAUCCACGCCACACCAAUGAGGCCAAGGCCGGGCUCCGCCUGCAGCAGUUCUUCCACUCGGAGCUCAGCAGACUUGGCCUGUCGGACCGCGGCUCCGCCCCGCCCGCCAAACGCUCCCGCCACUGAACCUCAUCAUCACCCUCCCUGCUGAUUAGUCCAGGGGCGGCAAGUGGGCAGGACAUAAAUGCUAUGGUUACUUCCCUCCUGAUAGACUGGCAUGGUGCUGAAAUACAGGGGUUUCUCCUUCGUGACCUCUGAUCCCCGAGAACCUGUCGGCCACUGUGGUCUGAGUGAAACCUCAGCAGCUGGGGUCAAAGGUGAAAAAGGAACCAAACAUUAAAUUAUUGUUAAAGUUGGAGGCAGACUGAGCUCUGCAGUCCGACUGUAUUUAGAUUAAAGCUCAUGUGAGGCGGACGUUUCCUUUUUGUCACCGUCUCACCUGAUCAUGAGCUUCACUCUUUCAAAUCCUGUGGAAAAACAUUGCAGCUGCUGUGAGUUUGUAGAAAUAUAGAGAAGUUGUGUAGUAGAUUUGUCAACCUGCUGAUGUUCAGGUUGUGCGUCUGUGUGUGGACAGACGUGCGUCUGUGUGGCUGUAGGACAGUGGAGUCCCGACUUUUCAUCCAGAAAAGCAAAAGCCACUAAAGAAACUUCAGCUUUGCACUGACAGUAACAAAUGAGGUCGCUGUUGUUUGCUCAGGGACAAAGUGUUUGGUUAGAGUGAAAACAUUCGGUGGCAGUGCGGCUGUUUUCACUGGUGGCCGCAGAUGACACCGAUGUCUGGUGCUGCCAAAGUGAAAUCACUGAAGCAAACUGACCCUUCACUUUCCAUUUGUGCACAUGAUGUGUGACAGUCACGGUUUAAAAUCCGGUUUUCAUAUGUUUAAAAAAACACUGGUAAAAUGAAAAGGGACAAGUGAUCGUCAGUGUCCUCUGUAAUAACACUGGACAUGACACAGACUGUUUUGUUUUAAAUUAGCAAGUGAAGAAAAAUGAGGUUUUAUCCUGUGUUCAAGAUGACAAAUAUCGGCACUUUGUGGGUUUCUAAUGAAAAUGUUCCCAGCAGCAGGACUUUCUUUGAACUCGGUCACAGUGUGUAACUGAAAAUGACGACCAGCACAGAAGGUCCAAGUCCAGUUUGCACCUCGGUUCUCAGCUUUAGGUCCAAUUUGAGGUUUUCACUGAAACUUCUUGUUGAUCUUUUUCUUCUUCAUUUGACAGUCAUCACAGACUUUGACAGACAUGAACCCAACAGCCCGCAGUCUGGCCCGUAGAUACCUGCCGUAUGACUGAGGAUGUGGUUUCCAGUCAGUCAUCAGAGACGAAAACUGGAUUUUAAACUUGGUCACACAUUAUGUUCACAGACUUCAGGUAACAAACUGUUGCUGUCUCACGCAGCUCCUCUUCUGUCUGUAGUCAUCAAUCCUUUUAUUCAAAUAAAACAAAGUAAUGUCCAUGUCAAACAUUUUGACAUGAGGGUUUGUAACAAGACCUUUAAUCAAAUUAAUGCUAAUAACAAAUCCCAACGAGACAACAGCUGAACCCUGGAGUGGAGUGAAGCAGCAGCCGUGAGCGCGACCUUGUUCAGGUUUUCAAUGUUUGGUCAGGAAAUCGGAAUCAUUAGCUUUGUCUUAAAGUGAGAGACACAUGAGUCUGAAGAAAUGUAGAGAAUCACCAAAAAUGAGUCUGGAGAAAAUAAUCGGUGACGAACUGAAACCAUUUGGUACCUUGAAGUGAAAUAGUUGGUUUGGCAGAAUGAGCCUUAAAGGAACAGUUCACCAUCCUUCACAGAAUAAAAUGUUCAGAGCAGCAGCGAUCAGUCCAGUCCAAUGACCAAACUAAUCAGCAGCUGUAAUGCAAAUCAGUUGUGUUCAAUUGAAAAAUGCUGAAAGCUUGAUGGUUCCAGUUGAAGGUUUCCCACUGUUCCCAGUCUGGUUGUGGCUUAUUUGUUUUGCACUGUUCUGAUGUUUUACGGACCAAACCAAAUGUAAUUGACCAUAAUGAAUAUAGUAAUUAGUUGCAGCCCUAAGGUCAUUGUUAGCUUAGCUUAGCAUUAACACUGGAGAACUCAAGCUACAAACAUGUUGGCGCGUUAAUGUUGAACACAGGUGUGAGACUGACUCAGUGACGCCAACUCUUUUCUAAAAUUGCGAGCUGCGACGCCUCCAUGGAGGCUUUGUAGAUUUUGAAUUUUGACUACUGUGACUUUUCCUGCUGUAGGCCGCUGUGCUCUUCACUUGUUCUUAUCUGAUGUUGGCGUGACGUGUGUGUCGGCGGGUGGAGGUCGUUUGCAGCCGACCUCUGCUGCGUAUUUAUUUAGUUGAAAUCUCAGUGUUGGCUUUAUUUAUGACCGGUAGACGCCCUCUGCCUCCUGACACUCUCUCCUGUUUUUGUUGUUCUGUUAUAAAAAUAAAUGGACUUUUAUAACCGA